GGUAAUCCAGUCAGUCGAUGGCGAGCCGGCGUCGGUCAUCAAGCGUUGGUGAUCGACUAAGGUUGGUUGUGAAAGAGCCAAGAGCAUCGGCCAAUGCUCCAAGCAUAUUGCCGGCUGUAGUACAUGACACGUGGGCGUAUGCAAGAGAGCGAUCAUUCAUGAAGUCACAAUCAAUACUAUAACGGAGCACGUAUCGUAUCGGAGCAUAUUGUGGAUACAGUGUGUCUGUGUGCGAAACGCAAGUAGUGUUGGUGCGUUGCUUUCACGGUUGCUGAAAAGCGGACUGAGGAGCGCAUGUUGCUCCCUUCGAGCUUCGAUCGGCCUAAGGACAGCUGGGACGAGGUCCUUGGAAGGGAAUGUUCUGAAACGGCGUGUCAGCGUACUCACAUAAGGGUGAAAGGUCAUCCGGACAGUUCGAAGCAUGACGAAAUAUUGGCUGAGCGUGAUCCUUCUCAGGGUCGUUCUACCAGUCAUCUUAGCCGGAUGUACAAUAUGGCGACCAGUGGGAUUGUCGACAAUUUAUCUGGGAUUGAUGCUGUAUUCUCCGAUGAUACCGAUACCAAUGCGUGGAGCUAUGCCGCAACACACCAGGACAUAUAUGAAAAUUUGCAUUUGCUUAGCCUUCCUUAUAGCCAUAGCUCAGAUCACCUUCCACAUCGUACUCCUAUCAUUACAGCCCUACGGAUACUUUCUUCAAAAUUGCGAAUUUAUAGAGAAAAUGUUCCGACAUAUAGGUUUUGUCAGAUUAGAUAGCGCAUCCGUCUGGGAAGUUUUUUAUUGGCUAACGCCGGAAUUCAUAGUUUUACCAACUGUGAUCGCGAUGUAUCUUAUAUGUAAUGCCCUUAUGGUGAGACAAGAUAGCGACGAUAUUAUAUCUCUUCGUCAAGAAACUUAUUCUGAGCAAAAGAAGACGGAGGACAAAACCACUAUGAUAAUCAACUUCCUGGGACGCAUCGGUACCUACGUCGUUCUAGCGUCAUUGUGCUGCACCGCGGCCUUGAAGCCAUCGAUAGAGGCAGCUUUCUACUUCCUGGUGUUUCUAGGCGCAGCUACAUGGUGGGCUUGCAACAGGGAACUGCGAAAAAAUUUCGCGAUAAUUUGCAGGAUUAUCAUGGUUGUUGUGAGCCUUCACAUCAUUGCGUUGCUUGCCUACCAGAACCAAUGGCCACAAGAGUUUAUCCCUAUCGACAGUCCGUGGUCACGUUACCUGGCGUUAACUGCAGUUUAUCACACCAAUUGCAGUCAUCCACGAUACAUAGAAUAUACGAGUGAUGCCGAUUGGUUGAUCUACGGUUACGCUUUGAGACUGUUUUGGCUGUACUACGUUCUGUCAUUGCAAUCCCAGUUUCUCAUGAAACAACCGGCGUUGCAGGCGAAGAGAGCGAAACGAUUAAGCGGCAAACUGGAGAACUUGGACACUCCGUUGUCAAGACAUGUGUCCAUCAGACGCAGGACACCUUCUCAAAGAUGGCAAUCGGCGCGACGUAAGGCUCGCCUCUUGCGAUUUGGGUCAGGAAGGGCGGGGCUUCUCCAAGACUCUACUGGGAGCGUCAUCGUUCAGGAUGGUCACCAGGAAGACAGCGCGCAAAUGCAGAGCCUCAGUGAAGGAGCUCCUAAUGAGACACCAGGUAUUGUCGAGCAAAUAAUCAUGGCGGUGUACUCUAUCUUCCAAUUAAUAGUAAACUCAUCGUAUCUUGCUACAAAUAUAAUUAUGAUGACAUGGAGUAUAAUGUAUCAUAGUUGGGCAACAUUCGUCCUGCUGCUCUGGGCAUUGAUUUUAUGGAUGGUUCCCAAUAAACGUGCUUCCAUGAUGAAGUGUUCACCCUUCAUCGUAUUUUAUGCCACUCUCUUACUUCUCGGACAAUAUGUUUAUAGUAUGGACUUGAAUGAUCAAGAGUUGCCACAAGAAGUAAACGGCGUCAAUAUUUCCGAGAUCGGUUUUAUCAAAGCCGAUAAACUCAGCCGCUGGCAUUUAAUAGUUAAGUGUCUGUUUAUAUCGAUGUUUUGGAUUACUAUGAGACAAUAUAUGGCAGAACGGAAGCAACAGCAACGAUCUUCUGCAUUAAGGGACAUGGUAGCCCCGCUACACGUGUCUGUCUCAACUGCUACAACUGCUAUGAGUCACGAAACGCCCGAGAUCAAAAGUGAAUUUAUGAAAGAAUUCGGUAUUCAAUUACGGAAUUCACUAACGAAGUUCUGGAUCGCUGUGGUAGCAAUCACGUUGUUCAUCUGCGGCAUUAUGGGCGAACGUAUGACGGUCUUCAGAAUUGUCUAUAUGUCAUUGUUCCUCUUCUUUGUCAUUACAUUCCAGGUUUCAUGGGUAGUAUGGAGAAGGAUGAUGUACGCAUUCUGGUUAACUUUAAUUGGAUAUUCCAUCAUAAUGCUGAUCCUUGUGUACACCUACCAAUUUGAAAAUUUCCCGACAUAUUGGGAUUAUCUUGGAAUAGAUCAGGACCUACAAAUGGAUAUUGGAUUGGAGACUUACGAAACCAAAGAUUUAUUCGUUCGUUUGCUGACGCCGACAUUCUUCGUUAUCAUCACCGUAAUUCAAAUUCAUUAUUUCCACAAUGGCUUCCUUCAAGUCACCAAUAUCGACAGAGUAGAGCCUGGAAAUGCAUAUAGACGCUCUAGCUUGGGUCAUUCACCUAGUUACAACAUUGCUGCAUCUUCGCCGGCUGAUGUCACGCUCAUAGAAGACGAAGGAUAUACGAUAUAUACGUUGAAGCAAUUAAAGCAUAUGUCAAAAUUAGAAAGAAUUGCGUUGUGGCGGAGAAUAAAACAACAUAUUAUAAAUUUUUAUAAUUACACUUGGCUCUUCUUCGAAAUUCAUGUGCAGAAAAUUAUUUUUAUUUCAUUCGUUCUUCUGUGUAUCUACGAUGUCUGCGCGAUAAAUUUCUUUUUCAUCGCUGCCAUAGUCAUAAUAAUAAAUUUCAACAGAAAUAUUCAAACAACAGCAAUUAAUGUGAUGGCUGCAAUUAUAUCACUUCUUAUGGUCACUAAAAUGUUGUACCAAAUUAAGUACAUUAAUCACGAAAAUUGGAAUGUUAAUUGCACGACUGCCAUGGACGAAGAACAUCAACAAUAUUCAAACAUCACUGUCUACAAUAUAGCCGAGUGGUUUGGAAUGAAAAAAGCUGAGACGGCUGAACUUCCAAAAUUAUUGGCAGGUUAUAUCGGCAUCGUCACCGUGACAACCUGCAGGAAAAUAAUUAGGGUCCGUCAAUUAUUUUAUCGCCUUCAUAAAGAAGAGCCGUUGGACACUCCUCAAGUGAUGUUUCCAGCUAUCACCAGAAUAGAUGCCGACAAAGGAAUAUCAGAGUGCUUGAAGUUCCUCUUCAACUAUGGUUUCUAUAAAUUCGGCCUUGAAAUAUGCCUCAUUGGCAUCGUCGCAUUGAUUGGCACCAGGCUGGACUUUUAUUCAGUUUUAUACUGUAUAUGGCUGUUAUUGUUCUUCUCGUUAAAAAGAAAAACUGUGGCGCGACUCUGGCCAUGCUUUAAAUAUUCCACUAUAAUUCUUCUACCUGUUCAGUACGCUAUUGUUGUGGCUCCACCAUCAUGGCUUUGUAUAGAAUAUCCAUGGGGCACAACCGAAGUAAUGAGGAGAUUGCAAGAAUGGAUGUUCCUUCCUGACCCAGAUUAUCCACCGAAUCCCAAAAAAUUGAUUUGUGACUUUAUUUUAUUAAUGAUGAUCGUGCGACAAAGUCUGAUCUUCAAUAUCGAACAGCAGAAUUUGCAAUCUAACACAGAUUUCGCAGCUGGCCACAAUUAUUCUGUUUUUAAAGAUAUGGAGAAACCGAAUUUUGUGAAUCCUGUGAAAGAUUAUGUAUCGCAAAUUCACUCUUGGUUGGACGUAAUCAAACGUGGUGGCAUGAUGAGUCUCAUGUGGUUGACAUUAUCGAUCAUGUUUUUAGCCGGAACAGAAAGAACGAAUAUUUUCUCACUUGGCUACCUCAUAGGAGCAUUCUUAUUCCUUUGGCAAGGAAGUGAUUUUUAUUUGAGACCAAUCGGAACUAUUUUGAAAUGGUGGAACAUACUAAUUGGAUACACCGUCAUUGUAAUUUUCGCAAAAGCUUUACUUCAAGGUGUAGGUUGUGUCCUCAUCAAAGAUCUCGAACAUUCAGUAUGUUCGCUAAUACAAUUGCUGGGCAUCGCGUGUCUAAAGAAAUUCAAGAGUUCCUCGAGUGGCAUACUGGAUCCCAUGGAGUGUGAUGUCCCCCGUGAAAAUAUCGGCAUGGUCUGGGAUGGGCUAUGCUUUGGUUUCCUUUUGAUACAGAAACGUCUCUUCAAAAGUUAUUAUUUCUUCCACAUAGUAGACGAGACGAAAGCCAUGAAGAUUCUAGCAUCCCGCGGUGCCGAGCUACACGAAGAACUACAUCAGAAGCGCAUAGAAGUUCAAGAGAGCGUAGAGAAAGCUGUCUUAGAAAAACUCAAGUUCAAGAUGGAUAAGAUCAAGGCCAAUCAGCAAAAGAUACAGGGACCAUCCUACAGAGAACCCCAGACUCACAAAGUCGAUGAACUCUAUCCAAGAACACGGCCAUUGUACAGAAUUCGUUCGCCGAAGACGAAUAAAGAGGCCAUCAGAUCAGGUGACUACUACAUGUUUGACGAUCUGGACGACGAUGAUGUCACCGAUUUACUUCCCGAAAGCGAGAGUGAGAGGAAAGAGAAGAAACUUCCCCAUGAGAAGGACCAAUUGAGAAGGAGAAUGACUGUCUCCGAGUUGAUGAGCACGCUGAUUAAAACAGACAUUGAGAUUGCGACGCACGUCGCCAUGUAUGGAGGGACCGAAAAAGAUGCCCUGAAACUUCGACGUAGGAGCGUACCUUUGACACGGAAGAAAUCGUCCAUGUCUUAUCUGAGCGCGCGCUCCGAGACCGACACUGCCAUGGCAACCGAUGGCCCAGAUCGGACAAGUCUCACCUCAGUGGAAAUGGAAACGGAAGAAAAAGAUAUGUCAGGAGCAGACUCGGCUAAAACACCCGAACCUUCGGAUAUUGAAGAAGAAGAAAAAGAAGAGAAAGAAAAAUCCCAAGACAAGAAAAGUGACGAAGAAAAAGGAGACCAGAAAAAAGUUUCAAUCUUUACGUACCUCAAGUUUCUUUUGGCAGUGAUCAACAGCACCCUAAUUUCGAUGACAAAGUAUCUAAAUCGAUUUUCCCACGAUUAUAGAUACAUUCGCAAAGUUUUAAUGAAAGAGAAGACAAAUUUAAAGGCAAAACCCGAUUUUAGAAUGGGAUUACGAUUAGGAAUUAAUCAAAUGUGGCAGCCUUUGAUGCAAGAACGAUCGACUGAAAAUAACGGGGCGGAGGAAACGUACGAUCCUGGCGAAGGUCCAAGCCAGCCACAUCCACAAGAAAAAAGCACACUUUUCUCGCAAGCUUUGCCAGCCCCGUGUGACGAAGAGAUGAGGGAACUUUCAGAAGUGGAUCAACCACCUAUUAUACAGCUGGCAGCAUCCAUUUGGUUCGCAAUCUUGGCGCACUCCAAUCUGCUCUGUUACUUUAUGGUAUUUCUUCAUCAAAUUAUGCACGCGUCCGUACUCUCGACGCCAUUGCCACUUAUGGUAUUUUUAUGGGGCUCCUUGACGAUCCCGCGACCCUCCAAAACUUUCUGGGUCACUUUGAUCGCAUAUAUCGAGGCCACUGUAAUAAUAAAAUGUCUUUUCCAAUUUAAAUUUAUGCCUUGGAAUCUAAAAGCUCAACCGAAUUAUCCGCUAUUUUUGCCGAGGAUUAUGGGUAUUCAACAAAAAUCUAAUUAUGCUCUUGGGGAUUUAUUACUGCUCCUCAUAUUGUUCUUCCACAGAUUUAUGUUAAAAUCCUUGGGUCAAUGGACAAGUCCGUCCAUAAAAACGAGAAAGAUUAUUCCUUCAAAAUUAACUGUAAUGCCAUCAAAACCACCGCCUCCACACGAAGGGCAAGGAGAACAUGAUAAUGCUGUUUCCAUACAGCAAUAUCAGCAACCUGAAGCUGAGCAUGUCGGAGCUGAAUCUCAUACAGAGAUAAAGACACCUCAAGAACGAUCAUUAAGCGUUCAUGCAGCAGGUGAUGCGAAUAGUACUCUGCCGACAACGAACGAAGACGAAAAGUUCGUAGCUGUACAAGGAGAAGAAGUGCAUCCUCACACUGAAUCGUUUUCUAAAGCGGUGGAUAUAACCGUAACUAAAUACAGCGAACCAGUGAAAAAUUUCUUUGAGAGAAUCAUCAGUCCAGCCGGUAAGGAGAAAACAAAUGUAUACGCUUAUAUGUUUCUCUGUGACUUUUUCAACUUCCUCCUGCUCAUCUUCGGAUUCUCCGCUUUCGGGACUCAACAAGGCGAUGGCGGCGUAACAGCUUACUUGCAGGAAAAUCGAGUUCCUAUGCCCUUCCUAUUGAUGUUAUUAUUGCAAUUUGCUCUGAUAGUUAUCGACAGGGCCCUUUAUCUGAGAAAAUCCAUCGUGGGGAAAUUAAUUUUCCAAUAUUGUUUAGUGUUUGGCAUUCAUCUUUGGAUGUUCUUUAUUUUACCGAGCGUAACGGAAAGACAAUUCAACGAGAAUCUUCCGCCACAAAUCUGGUAUAUGGUGAAAUGCUUUUAUCUUUUGCUGGCAGCUUAUCAGUUACGACAAGGAUAUCCGACACGAAUACUCGGUAACUUUUUAUGCAAAACGUACAGCAUCGUGAAUUAUGUCUUAUUCAAAGGAUUUAUGCUGAUCCCUUUCCUCUUUGAGCUUCGUGCAGUUAUGGAUUGGAUUUGGACUGACACAUCUAUGAGUAUAAUGGAUUGGUUUAAAAUGGAGGAUAUCUUCGCUAGUAUUUAUCAAAUUAAAUGCAUGCGAGGCGUGGAGUCAGACUAUCCCCAACCAAGAGGAGUAAAGAAGAAACAAUUAAGCAAAUACUUAGUCGGUGGAGGUGCUUUAUUCGUCAUAAUUGGCUUAAUUUGGUUUCCUCUGCUUCUUUUUGCGUUGGGUAGUACUGUCGGCGAAUCGAACUUGCCUUACGACGUAUCUAUGAAAGUUCAAAUCGGCCCGUACGAACCCAUUUACUCUAUGUCGGCACAGGGCAAUUCCAUCCGUGAAUACACGCAAGCUCAAUACAAUGAUCUUACAAAUAUCUACGCGAAGGAAAAAUCGGCAGUCACUUUCUUCGAGAAUUAUGUCCACUCUGACGUAGCUGCAGUGAAAUUCAGCGGUUUCUCCAAAAGAUUUUGGAGUAUCUCCCCACCUGAUAGAGAAAGAUUGAAAUCGGAAUUGGCUUCUAAUACUACGACAGUAAUUGUACAUGUUGAAUGGACAGUUUCAAGAAGAACAGAUGUGAAAGAUGCUAGUGAAAUCACUACGAGGGUUCGUGAUAUAAAACUGUUCCCUUACGUGAACGGAGAGUUCAAUCCUGUCAGAAAGACGUUGGUAGAUAUGUUGAGCAUGCAAGAUUCUACCGUAACGAAUGCUACUAUACUAUUGCAAUACGCUUUCCCGAAAUUCCUCAAAGUCACCGGUAGAACCAUCUAUUUUGUACCGCAAUUAAUGUGGUCGCCACUUUUACCGCCGAGAGAAGAUGACAGCGACGACUACCUCUUUAGAAACAUCAGCGUUCAAUUAUCUAUGGAUAAGCAGUGUUGCGCUCAUCAACAAUGGUGGGUAGUGAAGGAGGAAUGCAACGACCUUUUAUACAAAGUUCGUUUGAGCAAAGUGCCUCUAAAUGAUUGCAAAGACAUCAUGAUGUUCUUAUUCAACGACAAAACUUUCCCCGAGGGUUUAAGCUUCAUCAGUGGAUUCGGAAUUCUAGGAUUAUAUACCACGGCAGUGAUAGUAAUCAGUCAGAUGAUGCGGAAGAUCGUUAGUGACAUGGCACCAAAGAUCAUGUUCGAUGAUUUGCCCUACGUCGAUAGAAUCCUUCGCCUCUGUUUAGAUGUUUAUCUGGUCCGUGAGAGUGGCGACUUAUGUCUCGAAGAAGAUUUAUUUGCCAAAUUAAUCUUCCUCUACAGAUCUCCAGAAACAUUAAUCAGGUGGACGAGACCACCCGAAGAAGGGGAACAAACUGAUAACGAUGAACAAGAUGAAGAAGAAGAAGAGAGACAAAGGGAGGAAAGGAGAAGAGAAGAACAAUCUGGUCGCGAUUGAAAAAAGAAUGAAGGCUUCUAGAUAAUAAGUAUUUCGCAAUCUGUAUAAAUAUUUGUAGGAAUUCUAAAAGCUAUUUAACUAUCUUUAUUAAAAUGCAUUCUUGAAAAAUACAAUGGAACAAUUAGUCUGUUCAAGAUUAAGUUGCCAAAGAUGCUUAAUAUUUCUUUAAAGUUGAGAGGGAGAAUGAAAAAAAUCAUUUUUAGAUUUAUAUUAAAUAUUUACGAUGUUCACGCAUGUUCGCAUUUUUUUCACAAACAUUAGUCGUUUUCUACUAAGAGAGCAAUUCUUAAAUUUUUUGUGCAAAUUUUAAGAAAAGCUCAAUUAUAUAUACACACAUACAUAUAUAUACAUAUGUAUGUGUAUUUAUGUUUUUAUGUAUAUAUGAAUGUGUAUAUAUAUAUAUAUAUAUAUAUAUAUAUAUAUACAUACAAUAAAAUUUAGAGGUAUUAACUGACAGGCUUAAAGUUUAUAAUCAUAAAUUUUACAAAAUUUGGUAUUAUUAUUAAUAUUUAUAAGAACAUACACAAUUAUGCCAGAAUCGUAGAUGGGAUACUUUUCCAAGAUUAAUUAUUCUUUAAUCUCAAUUUAUUUUUAUGAAAAAAGUUAUUCCAUCUGCAAUUGUAUAAAUACUGCUACACUCUCUGUACAAUAUGACAUAUGCGAGAAAAGAUAUUUUUCCUCGUAAUAUAAUUUAUGACUUUGUCUCAAUAAUAUAAGUAAUAUUAUAAAAAAAGUCUACAAAUAAAAGUCUACAUAAAUUUUUAAAUUUGAAGAUUAAAAUAAUUUACCAAACAUUAUGACGUCUUAAAGGGAUGCCAAAGUGGAUGACAAGCUCCGAUAAAAAAAAAUGUCUUCACGAUAAAUAGAACUAAAAAUGUCGACAAUAUUAUUAUCUAUUACCGACAUUAUCGAUUUUAUAUCCUUGUAUUUUAUAUACAUGCGAAAAUAACUUAUAUAAUAAGAAUUGCUAAAAAAAAUAGGUUUUCCACUUUUGUCACAUAUUAUGCAAUGCAAUUUCAUAUGAAAUUUUAUCGGCACGCGACCAUUGAAUCCGCGAUGGUAGCGAACGUUACAAACCCGUACGACACAGGCUGUAUUCCGAUAUUCACUGCCAGUGCUGAAAAUCUAUAAUUUAUGUUACGUAUACUAUAGAUUUUUUUUUCAGUACUGAAAGUGAGUAUCGGAACGCAGUCACAAUCUUUCGAGCGGUCCCGCACUGUGCUAUUUUCUCAACGUUUUAAAAGAAACGACUAAGACUCAGUUGCACUAACUAAAUAAUAAGUUCACUAAUUAAUGCCCAUUUCUACUAACUUUAAUUAAUUUAACCGACUGAUUAUUUCAACGAAAUUGACCAAUCGUAUUUCUCAUUAAUUAUAAUUAACAGAUGCGAUUGGUUAAUUCCGUUGAAAUAAUCAGUAAGUUAACUAAAGUUAGUAGAAACAUACAUAACUUAAUGGCAAGUUAACUAACAAUUCAAACAUUCUUAGAUAAAAAGAAUGUUGGACAUAGCAUAGAAACAAUUAAUGUAUACUUUGUAAUGCUAUUGUAACAGCACAACGUGUUUAAAAUAUGUUUCAAGAAAUAUUAAUUUGUUAUAUCAUAA